CUUCUCUCUUACCUCUGUAGGACUAUCAUUCUCCAUCUUGGUAGGAGAAUGGAGAAAGAUAACAGUUUCAUGGAUCCGUUUCUGACCUCGACGGAGGAACUUGACCAGGCAACUCAGAAAGCAUUGAUGAAUUAUCUAGGAGUCGGAAGCAGAGCAUCUUCUCUUGUCUCAUUCUCCUCUACCGCCGUCGAUAUCCCGCCGAUCUCCAACGUCAAAGACUUCGCCAGAGAGUUUAGAAUCGAGUCUAAGAAGCUAUGGAAGCUAGCCGGCCCGGCCAUUUUCACAUCGAUAGCCCAGUUCUCUCUAGGAGCCAUCACUCAGGUUUUCGCCGGACAUAUUAGCACCAUCGCCCUCGCUGCCGUCUCCAUUGAGAACUCUGUCAUCGCCGGUUUCUCCUUCGGUAUCAUGCUUGGAAUGGGAAGCGCGCUGGAAACGUUAUGCGGACAAGCGUUUGGAGCAGGAAAAGUAUCGCUGCUCGGCGUUUACUUACAACGUUCAUGGGUGAUUCUAACCGUAACCGCUCUCAUCCUUUCUCUUCUCUACAUCUUCGCCGCUCCAAUCCUAACAUUCAUAGGCCAAACCGCGGGGAUCUCGGCCAUGGCCGGAAUAUUCUCCAUCUACAUGAUCCCACAAAUCUUUGCCUACGCCAUAAAUUUCCCGAGCGCAAAGUUUUUGCAGUCGCAAAGCAAGAUCAUGGUCAUGGCAGCAAUCUCUGGUGCGGCUCUUGUGAUCCACACGUUGCUCACAUGGCUAGUCAUGUCUAAGUUUCAUUGGGGACUUCCCGGUUUGGCUUUUGUGCUUAACACGUCGUGGUGGUUCAUCGUUGUGGCACAAGUAGUGUAUAUAUUUAGUGGUACUUGUGGAGAAGCUUGGUCUGGAUUCACGUGGGAGGCUUUUCACAAUUUGUGGGGUUUUAUCAAAUUGUCAUUGGCUUCUGCUGUCAUGCUUUGUUUGGAGAUUUGGUAUUUCAUGGCGCUCGUAUUAUUUGCUGGAUAUUUGAAGAAUGCUGAAGUCUCCGUAGCGGCACUCUCCAUAUGCAUGAAUAUUUUGGGAUGGGCAGCAAUGGUUUCAGUUGGGAUAAACGCAGCUGUAAGUGUGAGAGUGUCAAAUGAGCUUGGAGCUAGCCACCCAAGAGCGGCCAAGUUCUCUCUAGUUGUUGCCGUGAUAUUAUCGUCAGUAAUGGGAAUGGCUAUAGCCGCGGUCCUACUCAUCUUCCGAGACGAGUACCCGGUAUUGUUUGUGGAAGAUGAAGUUGUUAGGAAUGUGGUUAGAGAACUCACACCAAUGCUUGCCUUCUGCAUUGUCAUCAACAAUGUUCAACCUGUAUUGUCUGGAGUGGCUGUGGGAGCAGGAUGGCAAGCGGUUGUUGCGUAUGUGAACAUAGCUUGCUAUUACUUAUUUGGAGUCCCAUUUGGUCUAUUGUUGGGAUUUAAGCUUGAAUAUGGAGUGAUGGGAAUCUGGUGGGGGAUGAUGACGGGAACAUUUGUUCAAUCGAUAGUUUUGACUUGGAUGAUCUGCAAAACCAAUUGGGACAAAGAGGCUGCAAUGGCAGAAGAGAGGAUAAGAGAAUGGGGAGGAUCAGAAGAGAAAGAGAAUCUUUUGAACUAACAAGAGUGUUUUACUUUAAGACAUUUUACUGUCCGAACCAUUAUGAAUUUUGAUUCUCUUUCUAAACAUCUUUGACUUAUUAUACUGACAAAAUAUGUCAGUCUUUUCAGCAAUAAACAUUUUGAAUUUUGACAAUUGGUAUAUAUCUUUAAGAAAAAUGAGCAAAGCACGUGAACUACUAAUCAAGGAACCUGGUUGAUGAAUAGAUUCACACAUCCCAAGACCCGAUCAAAUCUAGUUGAUCCAUUUAGUAGAAUCAAUUAAGAUAGUGUGACAGUCUCAGGUAUGCAUGUCAAUAUUUCAUAAACCCUAGGUUUAUUACGAGGAAGAAUCUCAUCGUCUUAACAAGAUAUGAUUUAACCAGGCCAGCCCGGUGGUGAUUAACUUGAGGAAAAAGUCCAAUACGGUGAAGCUACUAGGAUUCGAGUCUCGGCUACUGAAAGAUUAACAUUUCGGCAUUGCCAGGAACAUAAAACUAACACAUGGGCUGAAAACGUAGAUUGUUAACAUGUGGCUAGUUUGGACCCAUUUUUGUGGAGACCGGAAUAUUCAUGUAUAAUUAAAAAAAGAAAGAAAUAAUUCACUAAGAUUGGUCUUAUUUUAUUCAACCGUGAUUUGCAUAUACGGGAUCUGAUUAGCAAAUGCAUGUUUAGUAUUUUACCGCAAGGUUUAUAUAAAAAAAAGAUUUGUAUUCAUGUGAUAAUAAAGAUUUUGUGUCUAGUUUAACAUCAUAUUAUAUAUAAUUAAGCUUAACAAUUAUAUUCACAAUUGCAUUUCGAGUUCUUAAUGUUAUCUCCGAGACAAAGGCCAGUCCCCUUGUACUUCUGAAUACAAAGUGGUUGGCAUUCUUGAAAAGUGCAUGGCUUGCUUAGGUUCAACACCACACUGCACCUUCUUAUAUCCGCUCCAUCUGCACUUGGCAAAGCCAAAAAUGCUAAAAACAAACAAACAUGUUAAAAGAGCUUACAAAUGUAAUUUAAGUAUACUUUUUAACAACAGAUAAAUAACUUAAGCAUAUAUUAUAAUAUAAACGAACAAGCAUAUAUUAUUUAAAUAUGUUUAGUUGAAAGGUAUCUACACCUACAAUUAUAAAUAUAUGUCUGAUAGAUGUUAAGUGAUCUUUGUAAAAUCUAAUCAACUGACUAAUUUGUUUUAUAGCAGUGUUUAUUGUAAAACAAACUUUGCUUAAAUGAUUUAGACGCAUCAAUUUCAAGAAUUAGUAUAUGAUGCUUGUAUAGUUCCUUGUUCAAUGAAAUACAAGCCGUGCAAAAUCUUACCAGAUAGAACAAGCAUGGAGAUGAACAGACAAGAACAAACUAAUUUUGCCAUGAUUUAUG